AUGGAGCCUCCCGACGACGAUGACCCGACGGGGGUUCCCAUACCUGUUUACGUGUACAAAUGUGACAAUGUGCGUGCUGGCCCGUCGUCAGACAAUGGAACGGUCAGCGUUGACGGUCUUCGUGUGGCGAUAUCGCAGCAGGGCAACAACAGCGAGACCGUGACUGUCGACCAAGUGUUCCAGAACGCGGACGAACUCGAUGUCGUCGAGCACGCGCUGAUUCCACUCCUAACGUCGUGUGUGAAUGGGAUCAAUUCGUGCUUGCUUUGCGGCGGCUCGUCCAGCACGAUUCGCAGCACGUUCUUUCAUGGCACUGACAACGGACCCACCCAUGCGGGCGUCGCCGCGACGUUGCUACAGAACCUCUUGCUUCUGCUUGCCGACAAGCACGGUAGCGGCAACCAGCCACCACAGACGCCUCGCUUCUUUGUCCGACUUUCGUUCGUCGAGUUGUACGAAGAGACGAUUGUGGAUCUCUUGGCACCCAAGCCAUCGUCUUCCGGGCCCGUUGUUGCAGUGGCACUUCGGCAAGACAAGUUUGCUGGCGUCGAUUUCAAGAACGCUACCAAAGUCGGCCCGAUACAAUCGUCCACGGACGUUGUUGCAACGAUCCAAGCGGCAAUUCAGGACGGACGCCGUCGGCGGCGCACCGGCAUGACGUCGCUUGGCCCAGUCACGGACUUUACCAGCGCCAUUUUGCGUGUGUAUGUCAAGCAAGUGCCGACUGCCGGUCCAGUAGUGCAGUCGACGUUGGAUGUUGUGGACCUCCCGUCGUUCGAUCGCCUGACCAAGGCAUCGGCGGUGCGGUUGACAGAAGGCCCGCUGGUGAACAAGGCACUGUACGCUUUCGAGUCGGUGUGCAAAGCGUGCGAGUCCGCCGCAUCUUUCCCGCCCUACGACAGCUCCAUCUUGACUCAAGUGCUGCAUCAUGCAUUGGGCGGCGAUGCGCUGACCCAUGCACUGCUGUUUGUCGCUCCCAGCGACCACGACGGCGCCAAGGCCACGUGGCGGGUUGCAGCGAUGCUUCAACACAUGCGAACAUUUCCACUGGCGCACUCGGACGUGGUGCAAGGGUUGCGCCGCCGCCACAACGCCGAGCGAUUGUUCUGGCAAACUCAACGGCCCCAUGACACCAACGUCAUAGAUGGGACGACAGCGUCCUUGUCGACGAUGGCGCUUGUGCAAAAAACACACGAUUUGGAGGGCAAACUCAUGCAAGACAGCAUCGAAAAGUCAAAGCUAAAGGACGUGAUCGACGCCCACGUCAAGAGCCUUGCCGAGUACCGCACCAAAGUCGCUGGCCUCGUCGAGAUCGAAGUCGGCCUGCGAAAGCAAUUGCUCGAUCGAGAACGCGAGAAGCUCAGUCUGAGUAAAGCCCUCGUCGACUGCCAACUCGAGCACAGCACGGUGUUGGAAGCCCUGGAAAAGGACAAGUUUGACGUCACGACCAAGCUGCUCAACGCCGAAAACGACCUCCUCGAACUCCAGAUGCGGGAAGAGCAUCAUGACACCCAACUACGCGCAGCGCAAGACGCGGCAACCGCUGCGGUGGCGGACAAGAAGGAGCUUGCGAUCGAGUUCGUGGCGCUCAAGGCAAACUUUGUCGCAGUCAACAAGUCGUUGCAGGCCCAGUCGGCCAAGGCUCAACAGCUUAGCGUCGAGUUGCUCACGUUGGUCAACCAAAAAGCCAAGCUCGCUGCGAGUGUGGAGGACUUGGAAAAGGCCAAGGCCGAUGGUUUGGAGCGCGAGAGAAAGCUCGGGGUAGCUUUGGACAAGGCAUCAGCGCAAGAGCAAGCGUUGAUGAAUAUAAUUGCUGCUGAAAAAACCAAAAGCAACGCCUUGUACGAGGAGAAGGUGGCGCUGGAUUUCCAGCUCAAGAGCAUCUUGCUCGACGUGGAAGCGCACCAGGUCCAGUUUGAAAAGACAGCUCAACAGCAGGCACAGGCCCAGCAUGCUCAGGUGCUGGCAUUCAAGCAGGAGGCGGAGGAAGAAAUGGCUCGACGCCAGGCGAGAUGUACAGAGCUCGAGGAGCGUGGUCGCGAGAUGGAAUCGAUGACGCGCCAACUGCGUCGGGAAAUCGACGAGCUCGAGCGGGCAUUAGCGCUACGAACGAACGAAGUGUCGGACCUCCGCAGGGAAAUGACCCGGGCCGCGCUGGAAAUGGAUGACCAAACGGCAUCGUAUCGCGCAAAGUUGGUCGAGUUGUUUGGGGACAAGGCGGUUUGGUCCACUGACGGCGGCGCCGUCGCAGAUGACGCGCUGGUUGCGGCGGCAAGAUCGGCGUGGACUGCGUCCUAUGAAUCGAGGGAACGCGAUUUAGUGCAACGCCUUGCAGCGUUCGAGGAGCGGCACACUGCAUGGAGCGGACGCUACGAUGCGCUCUACCGAGUGACGAUGAAAAUGCGCGGCAUCAUCCAAGACCAUGGCGUGACAUGCAGCGACUUGCCGGAAGACUUGGACGCAUGGAGUCGGGAAGCUGCCGCGGAGAGCCACGCAAGUGACGUGGAGCGCCGUCGAGUCGCGGCAAAGGUCGAUGCGUGCACGCAAGAGCUCCGCUUGCAGGUUGAAAAGAACCUUCAAGCAGCGGAAACGUUCAAGGGAAUCCUGAGCGGAAAGGAGCGAGAUUUGGCCGCAGUGCGGUCGCAACUGGAUGCAGCUCUCGCAGCGCGUGAUCAAUUGCAGCAGCAAAACGACCGCCUGGUCCAGGACAAGUCCAACGACAAGACCAAAGACGAGAUGAAGCGAAUGCAGGACGUCCUCGUGGCACAGCUCCAGGAGCUCAAAAUGCAACUGCAGCCGCUCAAGCAGGACGGCAAGGCCACACCGACUGGCAUGGACGACGCCCACGAGUUGCGGGCGCAAGUGCGUAAACUCGAGGACAAGCUUCGCAGCGCCCAGACAACGCACAUGCAGGCCGUGGAGGCGACGGAACGGCGGUGUGCAGAGCUCACGACCAAGGCAAUCAUGCUCGAGGAAGAAGUCGUGGGACUCAAGAACCUCUUAAAGACGACGACAAAGAAGCACCGAGAGCGCGUAUUGGAACUGACGCGAGAGUAACAUAGCCCCAUGAGCAACUUGUACAUUGAGCAGGUUAAAACUUAAAGACAGUCUCGGACGUGUAGUGGAGGUCCUUGAGGA